GGGACUGCUUUAUCCAGGUUUCACUUUCCAAUAGUGAAGGAACCAGGGAAGGGCGGACUGAGCUGUCCGGGAUCGUUUCUGAGGGUCCCACGGUCUGGUCUCUGCAGACACCCCUGGGCUGGGCUCUGCUGCUUCUCCACUCUCCUGAGACCAUCUGCCCCCAGACAUGAGGAACUCAGACUUGGAUCUGCAUCAGGAUUGGGGCUCUGAGUGAUUAACUUUAGGUGCAAAUUCUGAGGGCAGAUUUGGGGUCUGCCAGGGUCCCUGAACCUUCUCAUGCUGCUGAGUUUAGAGACGCUUCUGAAGUCCUGGCCUUUCAGAGCAACUCUGAGAUGGAGGACUUCUUCCACUGCUCUGUGCUCUGCCACCUCACCUCCCUGCUCCUCUUCACGCAGCUGCCCACUGGGGGUUUCGCACAGGAGUUCAUCGUGAUCGCCCCUUCGGACCCCAUUGUGGCAGUGCUGGGUGGGGAAGUCCUGCUACCCUGUAGUGUAUCUCCACCCAUGAGUGCCGAAGACAUGGAGCUGAGAUGGUUCCGCUCCAAGUUUUCAGAAGCUGUGUUCAUCUAUCAAGACCGACUCGAGCAGAAAGAGGAGCAGAUGGCUGCUUACGCAGGGCGGACCUCGCUGGUGAGGGACCUCCUCAACCAGGGAAAAGCUGCUGUGCGUAUCCAGAAUGUCAAUAUUUCUGACAAUGGGCUUUACACCUGCUUCUUCAGAAAGGGAGGCUUCUAUGAAGAGGCCAAUUUGGAGCUGAAGGUGGCAGGUGUGGGCUCUGCCCCUCAGGUGCGCAUCACAGGGCCUGAGGAAGAUGGGGUCCGCGUGGUGUGCACAGCCUCAGGGUGGUUCCCGAAGCCCCAGGUGCAGUGGAGAGACCUCAGCGGAGAGAAGUUCCUGGCGUUCUCAGAGGCUCACACCCAGGAUGCUGAAGGGCUGUUCAGUGUGGAGGUGGCUCUGGUGGUGAGAGACAGCUCUGUGGGGAAUGUGACCUGCUCCAUCCUCAAUCCUGUCCUGGGCCAGGAGAAGGCCAUGGCCAUUUUCAUCCCAGAGCCCUUCUUCCCCCAGGCCUCUCCCUGGAAGGUGGCUUUCUCGGUGAGCCUGACUGUGCUAGUGAUCUUGCUCCUUGGGGCUGGAUGUUACACCAAGAGAGAACAUUCCUUGAAGGUGCAGGAGAUGCGAGAAAAGGAGACUCUGUGCCAGACUAGAGAGCAGGACCGUCAGACAAAGGAGGAAGUGCUGAAGGACGCAGCUAUACUUCAGGAAGAACUUAAGAGGAGGAAAUCUGCUUACCUGGCUGCCUGGAGGAAGGCCCAGCUGUACGCAGAUUGGCGGAAGGAGGAGUUCCAGGAAUGGCCUGUCACUCUGGAUCCAGCAUCUGCCCAUUCAAACCUUGUCAUCUCUCAUGAAAAGACAAGUGUGACCUUGAAGGACUCCUGUGUGACCUCUGGAGAUACCUGCAGUGUACUGGGCUUUGAGGGCAUCACAUCAGGGCGCUGUUACUGGGAGGUGGAGAUCAGGGAUGGAGACCAAAGCGAGUGGGUGCUGGGGGUCUGUAGGGAAGAUGUGAACAGGAAAGGCUGGUACGUAGAGUCCCCAGAAAAGGGGUUCUGGGUUGUGGGGAGGUUUGAAAGAGGAUAUUGUGCCUGUACUACAAAGCAGACUGUGCUAUCCUUCAUGCAGGCUCCCCACCCCAGGCUUAGGAUGGGGGUGUUUCUGGAUUACCAGGAAGGGGACGUGUCCUUCUAUAACAUGGCUGAUGGCUCCCACAUUUUCUCCUUCCCUCAGGCUUCCUUCUCUGGGACCCUCUUUCCAUACUUAAUGAUUAUUUCAGGAGACGUGUCCCUGACCGUGUUCUCCAAGGAGGGAGGGUCUGAGGGGCUCCCUGCUGCCCUUAGCAAUCCUCCUCUGGAGGAGCCUGUGAGCCUCCCAGGGGUGGGGUUCAGCUCAGGCUCCAGCACUGAUGGUGUCCCUGGGGCCGAGUCUCCAUUGCUCCCCUGCAACCCCGAGGCUGUGUCCCCAUAGGGCCUGUCACUGUCCUGGACCCUCGCUGUGGCUCUUCCUGGAGCUUCAGACCCCAUGUGACAGAGCCCUCUGAGGUAUAGCCUGGAUGGCUGGGGGUCUCGCCCUCCUGCUCUGGAGACAGGUUCUUGGGUUUGUGGUUAUGAGAAUUUUCAGUUCAUGCCAUGUGCUCAGGUAAUAGAUUACAAAAGUUGACUCUUUGAGCUGGUUUGGGGGUAGCCUGAAGUUUACUAUGGGACAUUGUUUUUCUUUUAGUAACAAAAUAUAUUUCAUGAAGUUUUUAUACUGUAUGGAUAUGCUAAAUGAUGAGAGGUUGAAUUACUCUGCAGACUAAAGUCAUGUUUUUGUUGUUGUUUAGUU